GCCAGGACACGAGCAUGGAAAUAACCAGUAGGCCAAGCAAGGCUACAGGUAGAAGAAGCUCUGCUGCUGCUGCUGCUGCUGCAGGUCUCAGCCAAGUACAAAAACACCCCUGUUCGUGCGAGCAAGUUGCGACGAGAUGGCCGGCGGCAGGGACAGGGACCCGUUGGUCGUUGGUAGGGUUGUGGGCGACGUGCUGGACCCCUUCACCCAGACCACCAAGCUCAAGGUCAGCUUCGGCGCCAGGACCAUCGCCAACGGCUGCGAGCUCAAGCCGUCCAUGGUCUCGCACCAGCCCAGGGUCGAGGUCGGCGGGCCCGACAUGAGGACAUUCUACACCCUCGUGAUGAUUGAUCCGGAUGCUCCUAGCCCAAAUGACCCCAACCUGAGGGAGUAUUUGCACUGGCUGGUCACUGAUAUUCCAGGAACUACCGGGGCAACGUUUGGGCAAGAGGUGAUGUGCUACGAGAACCCUCGGCCGACCAUGGGGAUGCACCGCUUCGUGUUCGUGCUGUUCCAGCAGCUGGGCCGGCAGGUGGUGUACGCCCCCGGGUGGCGCCACAACUUCAACACCAGGGACUUCGCCGAGCUCUACAACCUCGGCCCGCCCGUCGCCGCCGUCUACUUCAACUGCCAGCGCGAGGCCGGCUCCGACGACUCCACACCCCAUUAGCUGCAAGCUGCUUUGUUAUGGCCCUGAUAAGGUUAAAGAGGUUGAAGCCGAGUGAUUAGUGUUUUGGACCGAUUGUUAGGUUGUUGUGUGCGUGCGGGCCAUGUGCGAGCUGUGUGGUUGUGCCAGUGAACAUUGGGCUAAAGACCUUGUAACUGAAUAUAAGCCGGGUCAUUCUAUUAAGACCGGCAACAAGAAAUAAUCGCUCAUUCUCGUUCA